UUUGUGAUAAAACCUUUUCUCGAAACGAUAUCUUGCUGAGACACAUAAGAAUUCACAAAUAUGAGCGGCCUUUUUCUUGUGGGACUUGUGGAAAAAGUUUCUCUUGGAAAGGCCUUCUAAAUGCUCAUAUGAAAGUUCACACGGGUGAGAAGCCCUUCUCAUGUGGGACCUGUGGAAAGAGUUACUCUGAUAGUGGGACUUUAACUAAGCACAUGAGAAUUCACACAGGUGAGAAGCCUUUCUCCUGUGGGACCUGUGGAAAAAGUUUUUCUCAAGCAAAUCAUUUAAAUGUUCACAUGAGGAUUCACACGGGUGAGAAGCCUUUCUCCUGUGGGACCUGUGGAAAAAGUUACGCUGAUAGUGGGACUUUAACUGAGCACAUGAGAAUUCACACAGGUGAGAAGCCUUUCUCCUGUGGGAAUUGUGGAAAAAGUUACGCUCAUAGAGGGACUUUAACUAGGCACAUGAGAAUUCACACAGGUGAGAAGCCUUUCUCCUGUGGGAAUUGUGGAAAAAGUUACGCUCAUAGAGGGACUUUAACUAGGCACAUGAGAAUUCACACUGGUGAGAAGCCUUUCUCCUGUGGGACCUGUGGAAAGAGUUUCUCUCGAAAAUGUAAUUUAAAUGUUCACGUGAGAAUUCACACUGCUGAGAAGCCUUUCUCCUGUGGGAAUUGUGGAAAAAGCUAUGCUGAUAGAGGGACUUUAACUCAGCACAUGAGAAUUCACACAGGUGAGAAGCCUUUCUCCUGUGGGACCUGUGGAAAGAGUUUCUCUCGAAAAGGUUAUUUAAAUGUUCACGUGAGAAUUCACACUGCUGAGAAGCCUUUCUCCUGUGGGACCUGUGGAAAGAGUUACAAUAAUAGAAGUGAUGUAUCUCAUCACAUGAGAAUUCACACAGGUGAGAAGCCUUUCUCCUGUGGGACCUGUGGAAAACGUUAUGCUGAUAGUAGGACUUUAACUAAGCACAUGAGAAUUCACACAGGUGAGAGGCCUUUCUCCUGUGGUACCUGUGGAAAAGGUUUCUCUCGAAAAUGUAAUUUAAAUGUUCACAUGAGUAUUCACACUGGUGAGAAGCCUUUCUCCUGUGGGACCUGUGGAAAGAGUUUCUCUCAAAAAGGUUAUUUAAAUGUUCACGUGAGAAUUCACACUGCUGAGAAGCCUUUCUCCUGUGGGACCUGUGGAAAGAGUUACAAUAAUAGAAGUGAUGUAUCUCAUCACAUGAGAAUUCACACAGGUGAGAAGCCUUUCUCCUGUGGGACCUGUGGAAAAAGUUAUGCUGAUAGUAGGACUUUAACUAAGCACAUGAGAAUUCACACAGGUGAGAGGCCUUUCUCCUGUGGGACCUGUGGAAAGAGUUACAAUAAUAGAAGUGAUGUAUCUCAUCACAUGAGAAUUCACACAGGUGAGAAGCCUUUCUCCUGUGGGACCUGUGGAAAAAGUUAUGCUGAUAGUAGGACUUUAACUAAGCACAUGAGAAUUCACACAGGUGAGAGGCCUUUCUCCUGUGGUACCUGUGGAAAAGGUUUCUCUCGAAAAUGUAAUUUAAAUGUUCACAUGAGAAUUCACACAGGUGAGAAACCUUUCUCCUGUGGGACCUGUGGAAAGAGUUACAGUUAUAGACAUAAUUUAACUCGUCACAUAAGGAUUCACUCAGACUAGAAGCCUUAGGUAGGAAACACCUCAGAUCCGUUUUGGCAUCAGAUCCAAAAGAAAACCUGGUUUGGAAUGAUGUAAACAGCAAGUUGAACAUAUUAAAGUCAACAGAUUCUUGCAGGCUGCUAGUGAUUCACUGUGAUUGUGUCUUUCACUGUCUGACCAAGAUAAACCUGAGGUCUACUUUUGCCUAGCAGCUUGUUUUCCUUAAUCCAGUUUUUUGUUUUAAUUCUCAGUCAUAUUUGUACUUAAGAUCCCCAUCAGUAUCCCAUUAGAUACUGAAGUUAAAGAGGGGAACACAUUCAGACAGGAUUAAUUUCUGUGCAUUUCAGUUUUCAUGGAGUUCUGUACCAUGUAGAAUAAUUGAGUUUAGCUUUUACAUUUUUGACAUUUCCGUGUAUGACUGGAUGUAAAAUAGCAGUGAAAUGUUC